CAUUUAUUAUUAUGAUAUAUUUAUUUCAUCACAUUAUUAGAUCGCAGUUUUUUCGAAAAUAUAAUAGACGGAUUUUACAAAGAAAAUGUCAACCCAACCAGUUACUGUUCGAUAAAAAAAUGGAUUUAAGAUCCAUUUUUAGCUGUUUUGUGUUGUUUUCUCUGGUAGAACUUACCGUAAGCAUCAUACCUACAUAUUAUUUCAGAAAUCCAGAACGUUCCCUUCUGCACCGCAUGAAAGAUUACAACUGUGCCUUCUCCAGAAACGUUAUAAAUACGACAAGGUUCGACCCUUGGUUCUGCGUCAAGCCUAGCGACUGCAAUGAUGAGCGGAACUUCAGGUUCGUUCACGUCAUCACGCAUGUCUGUAACAGUCGACCGGCCAACGAAGACAGAACCCACUGCUGCUUCAUGGGCAACAUCGUGGUAAAAAACACACUUCCGGCCUUCACAGCCGGACAGCAGUUCUGGGGUUUGCUCAGCACUCAAUCUGACGCGUUAAACGACUAUGACGACUAUUAUAUAACCAACCAAGCUAUAGAUCAAGAAAUGGAUAAUCUUUUAAGAAAUUCCCAAGUCUGCACAGUGGUACCUGAAGGUACGGACCAGGAUUACCUGCCCACAUUUGUUCCCUAUAUCUGUUUGCCAAAUCCCUGUACAAUCCCUGACACCUUUGUUAAGAAAUUCAACAUCCGGUCCGGACUGGAGAGCAAGGACCACAGUGUCUUCUGCGGAGGACCUUUCACUCCUUACAGCGUGGGUUUCUGCUGCCACCCUCUGGCUGCAGCCCGAGUCGAGGCUGGUGGCAGCAGACUCUCCAUAUCGAAUUGGAGAAUUAAAGAAUUUCGCAGAGAUCAAAAGUUUGCGCCAGGAUACAGAAGUAGUUACUACUGUGAGCAGUACUCAAAAGAAGUAUGUGAUGGUAUAGAUGACCAGUGCUUUUUGAGAACGGUGGAUAGAAGUACAGCCCUACCCGGAGAAUUUCCUCAUCAGGCUCUGAUUGGGGUUCAAGGCCAUUCAUUUAGGUUCUUCCACUGUUCCGGCUCCCUAGUCAGUAAGAACUUCAUCUUGUCAUCGUCUCUUUGUGUAUAUCAUGACGGUAUUCCAGCAUCGAUCGCCCUAUUGGGCGACUACGACUUCUUCGAGUGGAAGGAGUAUGGCUCCCGGGAACUCUUGGUCUACCUGUCAAAGUCAAUAGCUGAGCCAUAUUUCGAAGGAAAUCGAAACAUCUACAGACAGACUAGACUUGCGCUGUUCAAGUUGUGGAGACCCGUCACCUUUUCGCCGUGGUUGCGGCCGGCUUGUCUCAACUGGAAAAAUACUUUCAAAUCCGGUACUGCGGGGCACGCCAAAUUUCCAGAAGAAGUCACAUAUUCUGGAUAUGGAACUACAGAAUAUGGUGGCAGCUGGAACAGCACUCUGAAACGCUUCGUUUUCGCCCCAGACCUGUGUGCCAAUCCUGAAAAGAACAAGAUAGAAUAUUGCUCACCAAACUCACAAUGUAAUAAGUGCAAUGAUUAUUGUAAGUUAUCCUAUUUCUCCCAUUACACAACUGCGCACAGAGAACAGCGCCUGACCAUCGAUGGGAACAAGACAUUUUGUCUCAUUCCCAACUACGGCGAGCGUCUAGAUCCCAACAGACCAUGUGAGUUUGACCUUGGAGCGCCAGCAAGUGUGAUGGACCGAGGACACAACCCGUACUGCCAGUGGGGGGUCUUUGGCGUUAUUGUGAGCCCCAAAUUUGACUGCAGCAGCCAGGAUCCAGCCUUGCUGCGGGUGGUUGGAGGGGAGCUGCUGCCCUGGCUCGAGGAUGUGGUAUGGGCGGAAGAGAUGAGUCUGGCAGACUUUGACAACUCUUUGCCUAAAUGCCAUGACCAUGCCGAGGUCACUUUCAGAGAAAUGAUCCACUUAAAACAAUAAAGUCCUUAACAUAACUUUUGUUAAGUGCAGUAGGACCAAUAAAAUGUUAGCAAAACAGUGUA